CGUGACCACAAAAGGUACCACCAGAGAACGUUUCUCUUAGUUCUUUUUCGGUCUCGGUGUACGGAGUACAUCCACCAGCGGACCACAAUGAUACAGCCUGUUCCCUCCAGAGAAAGUGGGACCGCGCGGGGGCCCGGUUUACAUCAUUGCGGACUCAUCCUUCCCUUGCGCAUCGUUGUUCUUGCCCGCCCUUCUUUUUUCCCGAGCUGGAUAAAUUCUGGAAUUCUUCCUUUAACUUUCUCCUGUUCCCCCCCGCCUUUAUUUCGAGAAUAUAACUGAGUCCAGCUGAUCCCCCCCCCGUUGGCAUUGGACUUCAAUUUCAUCACGCUUUGUUCGAGACCUUCCCCGAAUACGGAACCAGCUACCUACGACAGCUCAAUUGCACUACAUCGCCAGGUUGCAGCACCAUCCCCCCACAAUGGCGUCGCAAUCCCCUCUUUACAUUGGCUUCGACCUGUCAACCCAACAGCUCAAAGGUUUAGUUGUCAAUUCCGAGCUCAAAGUUGAGUACAUCGCCAAAUUCGACUUCGAUGCCGACUCAACCGGCUUCUCCAUCAAAAAGGGUGUUAUGGUCAAUGAAGCCGAGCACGAAGUGUUCGCCCCGGUCGCAUUGUGGCUGCAGGCCAUGGAUACCGUGUUGGAGAGCUUGCGCAAGCAAGGGCUGGAUUUUAGCCGGGUGAAGGGUAUCAGCGGGGCGGGGCAGCAGCAUGGUAGUGUCUAUUGGAGUGCCGAUGCGGAAGAGCUGCUGGCGAAGCUGGAUGCGAAGAGGUCGCUUGAGGAGCAGUUGCCGGGUGCUUUCUCGCAUCCGUAUAGCCCUAAUUGGCAGGAUUCGAGUACGCAGAAGGAAUGUGAUGAGUUUGAUGCCGUUCUUGGGGGUCCCGAGCAGCUUGCUCAGGCGACGGGAAGUAAAGCACACCACAGAUUCACGGGUCCUCAGAUUCUUCGGUUCACGAGAAAGCAUCCCGAGGUGUAUCAGAAGACGUCGAGAAUCUCACUGGUCUCAUCCUUCAUUGCCUCGCUCUUCCUCGGUCAUGUUGCGCCCUUUGAUAUCUCGGAUGUGUGCGGGAUGAACUUGUGGAACAUAAAGAAGGGCGCCUAUGAUGAAGCAAUCCUCAAGCUGUGCUCUGGCAAGUUCGAUGUUGAGGAUCUGAAGAAGAAGCUGGGCGUGGUUCCCGAAGAUGGAGGACUGCACUUGGGACAAGUCCACCAGUACUACAGGGAGCGUUACGGCUUCAGUGCAGACUGCACUGUCAUCCCGGCUACGGGCGACAACCCCGCGACCAUUCUCGCGCUGCCAUUGCGCCCGUCAGAUGCGAUGGUAUCCCUGGGUACCUCUACGACCUUCCUCAUGUCCACCCCCAACUACAUGCCCGACCCGGCCACCCACUUCUUCAACCACCCAACCACUGCGGGGCUAUACAUGUUCAUGCUCUGCUACAAGAACGGCGGUCUAGCCCGUGAACACGUCCGUGACGCGAUCAACGAUAAUCUAAAAGACACCCCCUCCCAACCUUGGGCUCACUUCGACGAAACAGCCCUCUCCACACCCCCAAUGGGCCAGCAUAACGCCAAUGACCCCAUGAAACUAGGCCUCUUCUUCCCCCGGCCCGAGAUCGUACCAAACCUCCACGCUGGCCAGUGGCGUUUCACAUACAACCCUACUAAUGGCGACCUUACCGAAACAACCGACGGUUGGAAAACCCCUCAAGAUGAAGCCCGCGCCAUCAUCGAAAGCCAAAUGCUCUCCCUCCGCCUGCGCUCCCGUGGCCUCACCCAAAGCCCCGGCAACGGUCUCCCACCGCAACCACGCCGCGUAUACCUGGUCGGCGGCGGAUCUAAGAACAAAGCCAUUGCCAAGAUUGCGGGAGAAAUCCUCGGCGGCGCCGAGGGCGUGUAUAAGCUUGACAUUGGUGACAAUGCGUGUGCGCUAGGUGCCGCUUACAAGGCUGUUUGGGGCAUUGAGAGGGGGGAGGGUCAGACUUUUGAGAAUCUUAUUGGGCAGAGGUGGAAGGAGGAGGAGUUUGUGGAGAAGAUUGCGGAGGGGUAUCAAAAGGGUGUGUUUGAGUUGUAUGGGCAGGCGGUUGAGGGAUUUGAGGCUAUGGAAAAGAGGGUUUUGGAGGGGGUUGCCCGUGAAUAGAGGGGGUAUGUCUAUAGACUUGGGUUUUGAAUUUUGAUGUUGUUUUGAUUUGAUUGGGCGGAUCUUUGUAGAUAGUGGAUGGGGAGAUGUAGAUCAGUCUAUAUCAGCCAGAUGAACCAUAUAAUUUGAGCUGUCUUUUUCCAGUACGCAGGGAGAUUAUAC